AUGGCUGUUCACUACCCUCUGGCUGUGGGCCUCAAUAAGGGCCACAAGGUGACCAAGAACCUGAGCAAGCCCAGGCACGGCCGCACACACAGGCAUCGGACCAAACACAUCAAGUUCCUGCGGGACAUGAUCCGGGAGGUGUGUGGCUUUGCCCCGUACAAGCGGCAUGCCAUGGAGUUACUGAAGGUCUCCAAGGACAAACAGGCCCUCAAGUUCAUCAAGAAAAGGGUGAGGACACACAUCCACGCCAAGAGGAAGCAGGAGGAGCUGAGCAAUGUCCGGACACCAUGA